AUGGAAGUGGUGGCUGGCUGGUGGAGAUUCCCACGGCGGUCGGGAGAGGCUGGCGCACCGGUAUGCAUCAAGGGCCAACAUGACCAUGACUGGUGCUUUGGCGCUUUGAUUGGCGGCCCGCACUGCGCCAUGCCCUCGGAAAUGAAUCAGCGCGCGGAUGGGCCAUGGGCCACCGAGUCGGCCGCCCCUGUUCAUGUUGAACGCUUCUUUCGGGCAGCGACUGGGACCCCAGCGAGCGUCGGACGGACAAAGAAGAGGACGGAGAAUGAGCCCGCCAAGACGCAACAGAUGCAACAGACACAGCAGACACAGCAGACAGAGCAGACGCAACAGACGCAACAGAGCAACAGAAUACCCUUACUUUGA